AUGGGGAAAAAAGACCGGGCUGACCGCGAUAAGAAAAAGUCUAAGAAGCGGCACUACGAGGAUGAGGAAGUAGAGGAAGACGACGUCCCUGGGAACGACUCUCAGGAAGCGGUUCCCUCGGCAGCUGGGAAGCAGGUAGAUGAAUCCGGCACUAAAGUGGAUGAGUAUGGAGCCAAAGACUACAGGCUGCAGAUGCCACUGAAGGACGACCACACCUCCAGGCCUCUCUGGGUGGCUCCUGAUGGCCACAUCUUCUUAGAAGCGUUCUCUCCAGUUUACAAAUAUGCUCAAGACUUCCUGGUGGCUAUUGCAGAGCCAGUGUGCCGACCAACCCAUGUGCAUGAAUACAAACUAACUGCCUACUCCCUGUAUGCAGCUGUCAGUGUUGGACUGCAAACUAGUGACAUCACUGAGUACCUCAGGAAGCUCAGCAAGACUGGUGUGCCUGAUGGAAUUACUCAGUUUAUCAAGUUGUGUACUGUCAGCUACGGAAAAGUCAAGCUAGUCCUAAAGCAUAACAGGUACUUUGUUGAAAGCUCCCACCCUGAUGUCAUCCAGCAUCUUCUCCAGGAUCCAGUGAUACGGGAAUGCCGUCUGAGGAACUCUGAUGGGGAGGCUACUGAACUCAUCACAGAGACAUUUACAAGCAAAUCUGCUAUUUCUAAAACUUCUGAAGGGAGUGGUGGGCCCUCCUCAUCCCGAGUGACAGAUACACAGAGUAAAGCUGACAUCCCUACUGACCUGUUUGACUUUUAUGAGCAAAUGGACAAGGAUGAGGAAGAUGAAGAAGAGACACAAACAGUAUCUUUUGAAGUUAAGCAGGAAAUGAUUGAAGAACUCCAGAAACGUUGCAUCCACCUGGAGUAUCCUCUGUUGGCAGAAUAUGACUUCCGGAACGAUUCUGUCAACCCUGACAUCAAUAUUGACCUGAAGCCAACAGCCGUCCUUAGACCCUACCAGGAGAAGAGCUUGCGGAAGAUGUUUGGGAAUGGGCGUGCGCGCUCAGGAGUCAUUGUCCUUCCGUGUGGUGCUGGGAAGUCCCUGGUUGGAGUGACUGCUGCAUGCACUGUUCGAAAGCGCUGCUUGGUGCUAGGCAACUCAGCUGUGUCUGUGGAGCAGUGGAAAGCCCAGUUCAAGAUGUGGUCCACCAUUGAUGACAGCCAGAUCUGCCGCUUUACCUCUGAUGCCAAGGACAAACCUAUAGGAUGCUCUGUUGCCAUCAGCACCUACUCCAUGCUGGGUCAUACCACCAAAAGGUCCUGGGAAGCUGAACGUGUCAUGGAGUGGCUCAAAACUCAGGAGUGGGGCCUCAUGAUCCUGGAUGAAGUCCAUACCAUACCAGCCAAGAUGUUCCGGCGGGUGCUCACUAUUGUGCAGGCCCACUGCAAGUUGGGCUUGACAGCCACUCUGGUCCGAGAAGAUGACAAAAUUGUUGACUUGAAUUUUCUGAUUGGGCCCAAACUCUAUGAGGCCAACUGGAUGGAGCUUCAGAACAACGGCUACAUCGCCAAAGUCCAGUGUGCUGAGGUCUGGUGCCCAAUGUCUCCUGAGUUUUAUCACGAGUACGUGGCAAUCAAAACUAAGAAACGAAUCUUGCUGUACACAAUGAACCCCAACAAAUUCAGAGCUUGCCAGUUUCUAAUCAAGUUUCAUGAAAGGAGGAAUGACAAGAUUAUUGUCUUUGCUGACAACGUGUUUGCCCUGAAGGAGUAUGCCAUCCGACUGAACAAACCCUAUAUUUAUGGUCCUACAUCCCAGGGAGAAAGAAUGCAGAUUCUCCAGAAUUUCAAGCAUAACCCCAAAAUCAACACCAUCUUCAUAUCCAAGGUAGGUGACACAUCAUUUGAUCUGCCAGAAGCAAAUGUUCUCAUCCAAAUCUCUUCUCAUGGUGGCUCCCGGCGGCAGGAGGCCCAGAGGUUAGGGCGGGUGCUCCGAGCCAAAAAAGAUUGCUGCACUGGGUGGCAACUUGGCAGCGGGGACAUCACAGACUCAGUGAAUGAAGAGGUGAUCACAAAGCUUGCUGGCAUGGAGGAGGAGGAGUUGGCAUUUUCAACGAAAGAAGAACAACAGCAGCUUUUACAGAAAGUUCUGGCAGCCACUGACCUAGAUGCAGAGGAAGAGGUGGUGGCAGGAGAAUUUAGCUCCAAAUCUAGCCAGAUAUCACGGCGUUUGGGCACAAUGAGUUCCAUGUCUGGGGCUGAUGACACUGUGUACAUGGAGUACCACUCAUCACGGAACAAGACUUCAUCUAAGCAUGUGCAUCCUCUAUUCAAGCGCUUUAGGAAAUGA